GAGAGGAAACAGACUCUGAGUGUUUGACCCUUCAGGAUAAAAGUUUAGUUUUUAUUAUUAAGACGUGUUCGUAUCUGUCAGGAUGAGUUCAGCUGCAGCUUCUCUUCUUCUGCUGUUUCUCUCCGCGCUGGUUUUCGCUCACAGCGCUACAGUUUAUAAAACAGACGAGUUUCUGGGACCAGUCGAGUGUCUGGAGAAGAAGUUCGAUCGUGACUCAUGUGACCUGGUGUUUUGCCGUCCAUGGCAGUCCUGCGUUAACGGACGCUGUUCCUGUAAACCGCCUUACAAAUGUCCCACAGUGGCUUCGGCCCAAGUCUGUAGCCAUAGCAACAAGCUGCUGCGCUCCUACUGCCAGGCGAUGGCCGUUUCCUGUCAGACCAAAAAACCUUUUAUGUCGCACUUUGGAGAAAGCUGCACUGCGGACCAACCGAAGUUCAGCAGUUCAUUAGAUGAGUUCACAGGUUUGGUCCGACUCUUCGUUCCCGGUACUGGAGGAGGGGAGGACUUACUGGUGUGUCAGGAUCAGUGGGACACGGCUGCUGCUAACGUGGCCUGCAGGGACAGCGGACACACACUAGGUGCUGAAGCGGCGGACAGCUUGUCCUACGUGUCCCUGACGAGUGUCCCGAGCGAGAGGCCGUUGCCGGACCGGUGCGUGAGCGUCCGUUGCCAAGGUUACGAGAGUUCCCUGUCAGAGUGCGUCAUCUACAACAAGACCGGCAUCAACAGCGGCAACGUCGCCAUGGCAACGUGCGCAAAACCGGCAACAGAUGAGGAGUGUGACUUCAGGUGUGUGAACGCGAAGUGUGUGUCUCUGAGUCAGACGUGUGACGGAGUUGACGACUGUGGCGACCGCAGUGACGAGAUGUGCUGCAAGAAGUGCAGGGACUGGGCUUUCCGCUGCAGCAGCUCAGGUGUGUGUUUGCCUAAAGAAGCAGUCGGUGACGGACAGAUCGACUGUCUGGACGGUGAGGAUGAAUCAAGGAAACACACAGAGUUGCAGACGGCGAACUCUCAUCCCACACACACAGAGUACAUCUCUCCUCAAAAUGAGAUUCGUACCACGCGAGCUCACAUGGAGUCCAAGGUGAGCUGCGGUGUUCCUAAAGCAGCCAGUGAUGAUGAUGAUGAUGAAGAUGUGGUGGAGAUGGGAGGAAUACGUAGAUCUGUACGUGUGAAGAGAGUCGUGGGAGGCCUGCCAACAAAACCGACUCAGAUCCAGUGGCAGACUGCGAUUAUGAUCAACAACAGGCUGCAGUGUGGAGGAGCUUACAUCGGAGGCUGCUGGGUCAUCACUGCGGCUCACUGCCUCGGGCCCGACCCUUUGCUCUCUAAACCAACUCCUGGUCCAGAUGGCCAAAUCUUUCGAAAGUCUAAAAUGGGGCAGGUGAAGUUUUCUCUUUGGUCACCUGCAAGAGCUCAGCAAUCAACAGACGUCUUUCCUAUUGUAGAUCUUCACAUCCACCCUCAGUACAAUCCCAACACCCGUGAGAACGACAUCGCUUUGGUGCAGCUGGAGAAACUUCCUUGGAAAGAGGAGUGUCUUCCCUACAAUCCAGCAAUCACCCCGGUCUGCGUCCCCUGGACCUCCAGGCUCUUUAAUCCCAACCACACCUGCUCCAUCUCUGGGUGGGGAUUACAAACUCCAGGUGGCAGAAGGGCUCAGUACUUACAGUGGGCCAAUGUUUCCCUCAUUGAAGACUGUCAGAGAUUCCACAGUGACGACAUUAAACCCGGCAUGCUCUGUGCAGGCGCUCUGGACGGCAGCGUGGACGCCUGUCAGGGGGAUAACGGAGGUCCUCUGGUGUGUGAAGAUAAACUGGGUGUUUCCUACUUGUGGGGCAUCAUCAGCUGGGGGAGCUGUGGCCGGCCGCGAUCACCUGGAGUUUAUACUCAGGUUGCUCAUUACUUUGAGUGGAUCAGACAUCACACCGGCUGGCCGACUGUGACCAAGUUCAACUUCUGAUAACGCUCCACAAUCAUUCACAUACGGAUUCUAACUCUCCUCUUUUUUAAUCCAUUUGUUUCUGUAUAAAAUAAAAGACCAUUAUUUUACCCAUUAUUUUUUGGGCGGUUUAUUAAUGUACAACCAAUGAAAUAUUAUGUUGUAAUUCUUUAACCAUUUUAACAAAUAAAAUACUGUUUGUCA